AUGGGCGGGCGGGCGCUGGUGGGCGCGCUCAGCCUGGGCCUGGGCCUCUGCUCCCUGGCGCUGCUCGCCACGGCCCUCUUCACCGACCACUGGUACGAGACCGACCCCCGACGCCACCGGGAGAGCUGCGAGCACCGCGCCCACCCGCCCCAGCAGCGCCGGCGCCUCCUGCCCCUGCCCCACCUGCCCCUGCGAGGCGCCAAGCCGCAGCGGCUGCCGCGCGGCGGCGCUUGGGAGGGGGCGGCGGCGGCGGAAGAGCCGCCCCCCGGCGACCUGCUGCCCCCCGACGCCUGGCCCGCCCUCCUGGGCCGCGGGGGGCUGCAGCCCCGCUGCGGCCGCCCCCUCUUCGCCACUCACGCCGGGCUCUGGAGGAAAUGCUACCUGCUGGGCGUCGACGGGGACCUCGACAGCCUGGUGGAGCGAGGUAUUGCUCAAAGAUGCACAACAAUCAAGUACCACUUCUCUGUGCCAAUACGUUUACAAAACAUCCCAUUCAAUUUAACCAAGACCAUUCAGCAGGAUGAAUGGCAUCUACUACAUCUAAGAAGAAUCACAGCAGGUUUCCUUGGGAUGGCAGCAACUGUUCUUCUUUGUGGGUGUAUUGUAACAACAGUCAGUUUCUUUUGGGAAGAGAGCCUCACACAGCACGUUGCCGGGCUUCUUUUCCUCAUGUCAGGCAUCUUUUGCACUAUUUCCCUCUGUACUUAUGCAGCAAGUGUCUCCUAUGAACUAAACCGCCGGCCCAAAGUCAUCUAUAGUCUUCCUGAUGAUGUUGAACAUGGAUACAGCUGGUCUAUAUUCUGUGCUUGGUGCAGUUUAGGACUCAUAGUAGCAUCGGGAUGUCUUUGCACCACUUAUCCAUUCAUUAGCCGGAAAAAGAUUAGCCACCUAAAGUCGACCAGAAACUCUUCUGUAUGAGUGCUUAUUGGGAGAUAAUAUUUUCUUGGGGGGUGGCAGGUAAAGAGUGGUCCUCAAGGAUUUACAAGGGAGCUAAAUUUGUACAACUCCAAGCACAAAAGCCUGAUCCCUUAAAAUGCCAAUCAUUGUGUCUUACUAGUCAGGAAACAAAGAGGAGUUCUUCUCUGCCUUCAGGGUGGCUGAAACAAAAGUUCAGACAACAAAAGUUCUUGUGGAACUGACAAUUCAGCACACUGUAUAUGCACACAUCAUAAAUGAGAGGGAGGCAGUUCCCACUCAGAUAAGAAAACUGUGUUAAGG